UUCAAAAGCCCCUAUAUAAUGCCGUCUCCUCUUCAAGAAAGCGCCGCCCUACGCCAAGCAGCCACUUCAACCUCCGCCAUGAGAAGAACAAGAAGAGAAUCAAGCCAAGGCCGCCGCCACCGCCACCACCACAACACCGACGAUACCUGGUCGGUGAAGCGUCUUCAUGAUACUCCUAAACAACCACAAGACAAUCCCCAGCAACAACAAGAGGAAUCGAAUCUUAGUUGUCCUUCAACCUCAUCCAUUUCUAAUCAACAACAAUUCCCCGAUUUUACCCCAAACCCCCCCAAAACUCAUCGAAAUCCUAACUGGAAAUACCGGCGUGGCCGCGUUGCAAAACCCCGAUUCGUUAAAAAAUCCGAGCUCCCUUCUUCUAAAUCUGAUCUUAGUUCUGAGGAUAGUAAAGCGAGUUUGAGUGUAGUUGAAGAAGUAAAUAGGGACAAAGAAGAAAACAAAGGAAGCGAGAUUUUGGAGUCAAAGAUUGAAGAGAAUGUAGAGGGAAUUGAAGGUGAUGAAUCACAAAGCGAUGAUGAUGAUGUAGUUAGUAGGUUAGAGGAGCUGCGGUUAAGGGUGGAAGAACCCGAAUUGUCAGAGGAACAGCUGAGAAUCAAUGAUCAGUUGCAGGAGGACGAGUUACUUGUAAUGGAGUCUAUUUUUGGAGAAAAUGUCUUCAUCCUUGACAGACAGAUGGGCUUACGAUCCUUGAAGAUUCAUAUUCAUCUUGAAGGCAGUGGAGACACUAUUAUAACGACAAAGCUAAAUUCAUCUAAUGAUAUUGGUGUAAAGAGUGAGACUUCGGAUGACUUUUCAUACUCAUUCAAAGUCCAAUAUCUCCCACCAAUUGUGUUGACCUGUUUACUACCUAGAUCAUACCCCAGCCAUCUUCCUCCUUAUUUUACCAUCUCUGUUCAGUGGUUGCAUUCAGCUAGAAUUUCCGAUCUUUGCAGUCGGCUAGACUCAAUAUGGAAGGAGAAAGAAGGGCAGGAAGUCAUAUACCAAUGGGCCGAAUGGCUACAAAAUUUGUCUCUUUCUUACCUUGGAUUUGAUAAAGAAAUAAUGCUUGGUCCUUAUGGCAUUGAGAAUACUAGAGAAAGGCGUGCAGUUUCCGGAAGUGUCUCUCCUGAGAUUGAUGUUCCAUUUAUUAGGAGUUACAAUGAUGAGAAAUUCCAUGAGAACUUCCUCAAAAGCUUGCAUGAAUGUUCAAUCUGUUUUAGUGAGUAUGCAGGAACUGACUUUAUCAGACUGCCAUGCCAGCAUUUCUUCUGCUGGAAGUGCAUGAAAACUUAUUCUGACAUGCAUAUCACUGAAGGCACUGUAAGCAAGUUGCAAUGUCCUGAAGCUAAAUGUGGGGGCAUGGUCCCUCCUGGUUUGUUGAAACGAUUGCUUGGUGAUGAAGGGUAUGAACGUUGGGAGUCCAUUAUGCUACAGAAAACACUUGAAUCAAUGUCUGAUGUUGCAUAUUGCCCAAGAUGUGAAACACCUUGCAUAGAGGAUGAAGAUCAACAUGCACAAUGCUCCAAGUGCUUCUUUAGCUUUUGUACACUUUGUAGGGAGCGCCGUCAUGUAGGCAUAGCAUGUAUGACACCAGAAAUGAAGCUUCUUGUCUUGCAGGAGCGCCAAAAUUCAUCUAAAUUGAAUCAAGAGCAAAAGCUGAGGGAGCGUGAGAUGAUCAAUGAACUUCUUAGCAUUAAGGAAAUAAUGCGUGAUUCCAAGCAAUGUCCAUCUUGUAAGAUGGCAAUCUCAAGAACUGAGGGAUGUAACAAGAUGGUAUGUGAGAACUGCGGCCAGUAUUUCUGCUACCGCUGUAACAGUGCCAUUGAUGGAUAUGACCAUUUCAGGGAUGGGGCUUGUGAGUUGUUCCCACAAGAAAUGAUACAGGACUGGGAGGAAAGGGUGAAUGCACGCCAGGUAUUAGGUCAGGUUCACGCACAACUCUUUGCUGACCAUGGGCUGGCAUGCCCUAACUGUCGUCAGUUCAACGCAAAGGUAGGCAACAACAAUCAUAUUUUCUGCUGGGCAUGCCAAAUGCACUAUUGUUACUUGUGCAAAAAAAUUGUAAGGCGCAGCUCUCAACAUUAUGGACCCAAGGGUUGCAAGCAGCACACUGAGGGAUAGUAACAAAUACCAUUGGACCAAACGAAUUGAAAAUGCAAUUGAUAAUCUUCCAAGGGCAAGGAAAUAGUGUGGGCCACUUGUUCUUGGGUACUGUAAAUCAGUAUAAUUUUAUUCUUGGUAUCAAAAUUCAGAACUCCUUCCUGAAAAUGGCCUUUUAAUAAUUCAGCUUCCAAAUUGGAUGCUUGCUGGCUGUGGACACAGUUGCGAUUGUACAUUUUUUCAUCUGAGUAGUAGCAAAUAAAAUGAAAAAGUUUUGAAUCUUCCCA